CCAACCCCAACCUAAAAAAAAUACAUAUUAAAUUUACUUCACUAUAAAAGCAGAACUAUAGCUCAGUGAGAAACAAAUGAUUAUCAUCAUUAACUUGUGUUUAAUGAGAAUGGCAGGCAAUACCCUUCAUCUACUUUUGAUCAUAUUGAUAUUGGUUUUCUCCAACUUUUUCUUCUUGGAUGCUGUCCCAAUAUUACCAAGAGGAAGAAGUCUAUUGCAUGCUAGUCAAGAUAUUGUAGCUUCUAGGAGUAUUCACAGGGCUAGCACAAAGCAAUAUGAGGAAGAAGAGCUCACCCAUGGCAGGAAUGAUUUGGAAUUCACUGAUUAUCCAGGAUCAGGAGCUAAUAACCACCACACUCCAACGCCACCAGCAGUGAAAGUCUAAGUUACUUGUUUAGUUCUUAUUGAUGCUAAAUUUACAACCUUAAGUAAGAAUUAUAUAUAUAAGUAUAGUUGCUUGUGUUUAUUAAGUUACUGUAAUAAAAAAAGGGGGCAGAAUGAAAGCCCACUUCAGUAGGAGGCAAGAAGAGUGACUCCAUACAUGUCUUCUAUUGGACUGAAAUAAAAUUGUAAUAUGAUCAAAUAUAUAGUAGGAAGGACUUGGGCAAUGUUUGUAUUGGGAAAACAUUUACACUAGUACCAACAAAUGGUUAAUCAUAGUCAUCAUACUGUUACUGCUA